GCAGGCGGGGCGGGCUCAGGCCUGGGCUGCACCGGGGAGGCCGCGCCCGCCCGCCCGCUGCGGGAGGAGGAGUUGUCCGUUAAUAGAGCUGGGGACUGCGGUGGGGGCGCUACAGCCGGGGAGCCCAGCCCGGCAGCUGGCGGAGAUGGCGGCGGAAGCAGCUGCGGGGCCGCAGCAGGAGCUGGAUAACGGUUCCUUGGAGAUAACGCAGAGCACAGAAGAUGAUCCUCUACUCGAUGCACCACUUCUUCCACCUCAUGCAUUACAUUCCCAAUUGAGACCGAGAUUCCAUGCUAUUCCUACAGUCUUGGUUGCCAAUUUUCUAUUGCUUAUACAUGUUGCUUUUGUUGUCUUAGUAUUUUUAGCAGGUAUAUAUUGUUCUUAUGUAAACCCAAAUGAGGAUGAAUGCCCUGGAAAAUACACCAACCCACUUAAGGUGCAAAGUGUCAUAAUCAUUGCGAAGGUAAUUCUGUGGAUUCUGCAUGUUGUCUUUGAACGAUAUGUUCAGCAUCAUCAUAGUAAAGUCAGAUGCAGAGGAUACCUCCUGAUCUACCGAUCAACAAGACAUCUUAAAAGGCUGCCACUCCUUAUACAUUCUGCAGGAAAUGCAGCCCUGCUUCUGAUACUGUCAGCUCAGCAUUCCUUUCCUAACUAUAGUAAGAAGUAUCUCUACCUUAUCCUUGGAGUCUUGUGUCUGGAGCUGAUUUGUUCUUUGACGUGCAUAGUCAUUUACACAGUGAAAAUAAGCAAUUUCAACAAGGCAAGGCCAAGGCCUGAUAUAAUUGAAGAAGAAAAGAUGUAUGCUUACCCCAGUCACAUUACCUCAGAGAUUGGAUUCAGGGAAAGCUCGAGUUUGGAAGAAAUAGUUGAAAAGCAAGGAGAUGUGAUAGACUAUCUCCAACGACACAAUGCGCAGCUCAGCAAGAGACUACUAGCACUAACAUCACAGCAAAUCAGAGGGUGCCACCUGACAUACUGGGGUUCCACUGAGCCUGCCCAUUCCACCAGCCUGGGCUCCCUCACCCUGUCCUGCUGCUUACACAUAGGUGGGGACACUCUCCAUUGUAGCAUCAUACAGAGUCUGUGUGGGAAGACAGCUCAGGGAUUGCCUUGCAGUCAAGUGCCCACACCCUCUGGAGUGUAAACCCCAAAUUAUAUUGUCUUGUGCUGUACAGAGAGCUAUACAGCAUAAGCUCAUUAAAUUUGCUCCCUCCCUCAAUUUGGAGUAAGAUAUGCACAGUUUCCCCCACCCUCAUUAUGAAUUACACAAACUAGUUAUAGAAUAAACAAAGUUUGUUAACUACAAAAGGUAGAUUUUAAGUUAUUAUAAGGGAUAGCAAACAGAACAAAAGAGAUUACUGAGCCAAUAGAACAAAGCAGAUUACUGAGCCAAUAAAACAAAACACACAAACUAAGCUUAUUACACUAAAUUAAGUGCUUAAUAGUAGCAAAUUCUUAUCCUACAUGUUGUUUUAUGCAGGUUGCAGUGUUUCUCAAAGGUAAACUACACUGCUUGCAGCUUAAAUCUCCAGGUUUUCCUUUCACAGGCUAGAUCUUUUUUUGCCUGGGCUCAGCCCCUGCCUCCCGUUUAGUUCCUUUGUUUCUUCAGAUGUUUUCAGCAGUCUUCCUAUUUAAGGCUGGGGACUGAGUUAAUCUUGGUUGUUCUCCACUGCCUCCCUACCCAAGAAGGAUUUGCAUAUGGUGGAAAUCCUUUGUUUCCCAGUUUGACCUCCCACCCUCUCUUAAUGGAAAAACUAGAAGUCCAAGAUGGUGUUCAGUACCAGAUGAUAUGAUCACCUGACACUGCACUGUUCAAGCACCAUCCCCGGAAACUUCUCAGGAAGGAGGGCGAUUAGCAUCUUCAAAGUCCUAUUGUCCUUCCUAAUGGCCCAUCCAGGCUGAUUGCAUACUGUCUGGUAGGCAUUCCCCAAGUGUAAACAGUUGUAAAUUGUUAUAGUCAAUACCUAACUUCAGAUACAGAAAUGAUACCUGCAUACAAAUAGGAUAAUUCUAUUUAGUAAAUCAUAGCCUUUCCAAUGAUACCUUACAUGAUCCAUCUUGCAUAAAACAUAUCUUAGUUAUGCCAUAUUCAUAUCAGAAGCAUAUGUCUAUGAAGAAUAUGGGGUAUAGGGUCACACCAUGCACAGGUUUAUUCUUUGGGAUGGUGUGACUUUAAGGCUGUCUGAUUUCCUGGGUUGGUUUCAAAACUUUUUUUUUUUUUGAUUCACCAAUGGAGAUUCUUUUUGUCAACAAUUAUCUUGCCACUGUCUAGCACCCUAGUGUUUUUUGUUUACAUGUUGCAAUUUGAAUAUAGAAUUUGGGUUCCCAAAUAUUCACUUAUAACCUUUAAAAAUCUGGUCAAAAGCAUCUAGAUGCUUUUGAAAAUCCCACUAGUUUCCUAAAUACCUUAAAGAUUUGGCUCUAAGGAUACUACACUGUCUUGUAUAAAAUCCUUCUCAAGGGCAAUUUUAUACUGUAAUUUUUAUUAAAUGUAGAUCUAAAACCAACAUAAAUUGGAAACUAUAAGAAUUAAGAAAUCAUGAGUUAUACCUGAAAGUCACUAAAUUAAAAAAAAUAUGUUUUUGGUUUCUUUUAAUUUGCCUUUUUGUUUCUGAACCUUUAGGGUACAUCAACUUCAUACUUCUGUUACCUCUAGAACAAUUGUAUAUUCCUACAAUAGUUAAUAUCAUUUUGGGUAUCCAGUAAUGUGAUUUCCCUGCCACCCCUCCCUUUGUCAGUUGAGCAGGGGAAUUAGUUUUAAGUGCAGUAUACUACCCCAAUGAGCCACAUGAUAGAAUAAUGGCUGUAAAAGUAUUCUUUUGUCUGGUGUUCUUCAGUGAAAGGGGAAAUUCCACCUUUCCCCAUCCACCAGCACAAACCCAGAUGACUUUCUCAAAGUAUAAAACAAGAUGACUGGUCAUCUUUAGUUUGGCCACCAAAUGAGGGACUAAAAAGAAAACAAUCUAAAAUACUGUAGUGGAGAAAUACUAAUUAUACUGAAUCACUGCUUUAUAAACCCCACAGCUCCUGGCUUUGCGGAAUCAGCUGGUUCAUUUCUUUUUGUUUCUCUUGCAUUUUACAUUUAGAUAGAACUCUUCAUUCCAGAAUGCUCUGCUCAUUUAAACUAAACUCAUUUCAUCUGCUAUUGAAGUGCAGUUUUGGGACCAGACAUGCCAGCUGUUUAACAGUGCAUAAUUGAAAACACAGGAAGUAUUUGGUUAGGCAAAAUGUCAUUAGAGUUUAUUCAGAACAGCCAGGUGAACACCUGUGCUCUUGUGAAACAUGCACUAGAAUAAUUAAUGACUGCAGUGGUCAUGCUCUGGGUUUAAUAUUUUAGCCAAGACAGAAAAACCUCCAACAAAAAAGUGUGGGGGCAUAGUUUCCAUGCUUAAGGCAUGGGCAAGAAGAGUGGCAUCUAAUGAAUUACUCCUUUUGCACUCUACUUGUUACUUAGAAAUCUAUUUAGCCCAACUCUACUUGGCAUGAUCCUGCCAGCACUUACACACAAGUAACUUUAUGCACACGAGUAGCUACAGAACUCAUUGGCACUAGUUUUGUGUAUGCAGCUACUCACAUGCAUAAAUGUUUGCAGGUCUGAGGCCUUAAAUUGUGUGAUCUGUAGGAUCACAGCCAGAACAGUAUGAACAUAAACAUUAAGAGUUAAUCAUUAACACUGAAGUCGUGGCUAUGAAGUAAAUUAUAAAGUAUGUAUUUUGGUUUGCAGUUAAUAAAAGCUUUGUGUCUUUCAGGAUUUUUUAUUGUUUUUUAAAAUCUUUAUUUCUCCAGAAAAAAUAGUGCUAUAAAAACCAUGCUAAAAGUACAUACAAAAUCUAGUUGCACCAAAAUGCACAUAUUAUUAAUAUUGUUGUUUGUUAUUUUAUUUUAGUUUGAGGUGCUGCUCAGAUAUGUUAAGCACUUUCUAAACAUUCAACAAGGGAUAUUCACUGCCCAAAGGAGCUCUCAUGUAUGCAUGCUAGGUAAAGCAAAACAAAUCCCCCCGUAGACAUUAGUGUACAGUUAUGUCUUUGU